AUGGUAGAUUGUCAAAUUAGUUAUAACGUAAGUGUAAUUUAGUCAAACUUUAUGAGUUUAGUCAAUCAUGAAUGGAACACCAAAGAAAAAUGGGACUGAUCGACGAACCACCCUGUCCGCUGAAAACGUUGGCUCCGUCCGAGCGGUGAAGGCUUUCUUUGACCAUACGGCCAAGAUCAAUCAUAUGAAUAUGACGGAUGACGGGAAAAUGCUCGUCGCAUCUUCAGAAGCCGACUCAAUAGUCUUAUACGACUGUGUACAGGGCUGCAGUUCCAAUACAGUCUAUAGUAAGAAGUAUGGAUGCAGUUUGGUUCAUUUUGUCCGAGGUACCAAUAAUGUGAUUCAUUCAUCGGUCAAGGUAGAUAGUAAGUGUUUGUUUUUCAACUUAUUGAAAAUUUAGAUACUAUUCGGUAUUUGUCGCUCAACACCAACCAGUAUGUCAGAUAUUUCCAAGGUCAUGAGAAGCUAGUGACAACAAUAAAGAUCUCCCCAACAGAAGAAGUUUUUCUCUCUGGGGCUCAGGAUAACACCAUGAGAGUGUGGGAUAUGCGCGUUCAAUGUGCUCAAGGCAUGAUGAAGACUGAAGCAUGUCCAGUAACAGCAUUUGAUCCGAGUGGACGAGUAUUUGUCGUGGGCACUAAUAGUAGUCGAUUGGACUUCUACGAUCUCCGAACGUUUGAUGUCCGACCAUUUGCAAGUUUUGAAUACGAGCCGAUAAAUGGCAAUUGGACGGAUGUAACGUUUUCCCCUGAUGGUCUGAGCCUUUUGGUUAUGACAAAUGGGACGGAACUCAUGCUAUUGGACACUUUCUCCGGAAAAGUGCAACAUAAAUUGAGUGGACACCAUAAUUAUAAUGUAAGUCAUAGGAGUAUCCAGAUUUGAGUGGGAUAAGUUGAGGAAAUGAUGGUUGAGGCAUCUUAAUUGUGUGUUUGAUGUUUUUCCAUGAUUUUUGGGGUUCGACAAUGAUGAAGAAGCGAUCUUGAUGGCUGUUGAAGUCCAAGAUAUAAGUAUUUAAAGUGCUUAUUAUUGAACUUCCAUACGUGUGAUUUACCAAGAACGGAUAUCUGAGUCUUAUCCCAAAAUCUGUCUAAAUUUUCAAAUUUUAUUCAAUAAAUUAUACUAGUAAAAUUCAAAUCCGUCUUGAUAAUACCGAAAGUUUUAGAGCGAACCCUUAACAGCAACGUUCUCACCAUGCUCAAACUUUGUGUUUUGCGGUGGAGACGGAGGAUACCUGACAGGUUGGCAAAGAGAAACAGGCCAACCAGUUUACCAAAAAGGAUCUUCCGACCACACGGACACGAUAAAUCAUGUUGUUUUUAAUCCGACGUACCUCCAGAUUGCUACAGCAUCCUCUCAAAUCGUAAGUCGCUUCCGUUUUUCUGAGUGGAAUAUAAAGUUUACCUUGUAAAAUACAGUGUUGACCUAAUCCCCCAUAAUUUCAGAGGUUAUGGACCCCAGUGCGCUAA